AUGGCCACUCUCAACACUCCCUGUUCCCAACACAAACUCUUUUCACUCUCCAAAACCCAUAAACCCAGCUCUUUUUCUCCUUCACUUCUCCUCUCCACAAAACUUUUCACCAAAUCCAGCCCAUCAAAGGGCACAAGCCUCUCAACAAAAAAAACUAGAACUUUCAUCACUGGAUCACUCGCAGAAGAGAAAGAAGUUGUUACGGUCAAAGACGAACCUUCGAAAGACGAAAAAAACCCUUUUUUGGUUAAUGGGUCUAAAGAUUAUGAGGCUCUUUCAUCUUCUUCUUCUGUUGAGAGUGAUGAUGAUGAAGAAGAAGAGAGAUUCGUCAGCAGAGCCAUUAAUGCUUCUAUUGUAUUGGGGUUUGGUACUCUUGCUGUCUCUAGAUUGCUUACUAUUGACCAUGAUUAUUGGCAAGGAUGGACCCUUUAUGAGAUACUCAGGUAUGCGCCAGAGCACAAUUGGAUUGCAUAUGAACGAGCUCUCAAUGCCAACCCCGUUCUAGCCAAAAUGGCAAUUAGUGGGAUUGUCUACUCUAUAGGAGAUUGGAUUGCUCAAUGCUACGAAGGAAAACCUAUUUUUGAGUUUGACCGGAUUCGCAUGUUUAGAUCAGGCCUUGUUGGGUUUACUCUCCAUGGAUCCCUCUCACAUUAUUACUAUCAAUUCUGUGAGGCUCUUUUUCCUUUCGAAGAUUGGUGGGUGGUCCCUGCCAAAGUUGCCUUUGACCAAACAGUCUGGGCAGCAAUUUGGAACACCAUCUACUUUGUGGUGCUAGCCUUUAAGGCUAGUAGCAUCCAGCUGCCUUCCAUUCUGCAGUUCAGGAUUAAGGCUUUCUACAGAACCUAUGAACUUGGGAUCGUGAAGGGGACAGGAUGGAAGCUUUGGCCAUUUGCUCAUUUGAUUACCUAUGGUGUUAUCCCUCUUGAACAAAGGCUUCUUUGGGUAGAUUGUGUGGAGCUCAUCUGGGUGACCAUACUGUCAACUUUUCUUUCUAUUGUAAGUUAUUCAAAUGAGAAAUCAGAAGCUCGAAUUUCUGAGGCAACCUUGGAGGCAAACUCGAGCUCGUCCAGCAGUGCUGAUGAGUUGUCAGUAGGCAAACAUGUCUCAGUGGCAAUAUGCUGUAUAUUGUAUACUGUAGAUGUCGAUAUGUACAUUAAUAUUGUUUUGGGUGAGGCUUGGCUGGUGCAACAGCAAGAUUGUUCUUUGCAACCUGGAGCUUGCAGGUUCAAACUACAGAAGCAGCCUCCUGGAAGUAUAGGGAUAAGAACAAGGAUGGCAAAACUUGAAUCACUCGAUGAUGAUGAACCAAACCAAAGCAACGGCAUUAACUACAACAAUGAUAAAAAGAAAAGAAAUCAUGGGUCAACCAAGUUUUUCGUUUUUGUGGAUUACUUAUUCUUCUGCAUCUUUUUGGCUUUCCUUAGCUUCAUUGUUUUCAAGAUUAUUGGUCUCUGA